AUUUUCUAUACUGUUGGAGGUUCAACAGCCUUGGCUUAUAGUAUACUUUUAAACAGGGAUAUGGACGCGGAAAGGGCUUUAUGGCUAAACCAGGCGAGUCAAAAAGAUAGUCAAAGUUCCGGAAAACUGAAGAGAGGCAGGGGAGUUAGAAGAUUGAUUUUUGUUGUAUACGUGUUCAUUGCAAUAUGGAUGGUUACUUAUGCCUUUAUUGAGAAGAAAGAAGUAAAAUUUCUUGCUGACAACGAUCUUUGCAAUAGAAUAGCAAAAAACGAAACACCGACAAAAACCUGCUACAGAAGAGAGGAAAAAGAAACGUAUCCAGUUUUUAUAAGCCUUGGAUUAGGAUUGUUGGGGAUCCUGCUUGCGCCUUUAGUCCGAUGUUUGUGCGAGUUUAUUGAACAACUGCUUCACCUGCAGAUGCGAAACAGAAAAAGUGUAUUUGGGUUGUUUAAAUCAUGCUUCAGUGUAGUGCCGUGGAGGGCCGUCGGUGUUGUUUUUGUAAUCGAUUUUAUAUUCUGCAUGAUUGGGAGGAAGAGCUUUCAAACUGGAGACUUCAUGUUUAUCUUCGGAGGCAUCGGUGUUUAUCCAUUGGUAGCAUAUUUACUUAAAUUGGACGGACAGUCGAAGGUUGAUCUUGCGAGAAGUCUAGAGGAAAAAGGGCUGUAUCCAGCAUACACUAUUGCCUGGUAUUACUAUUUAAAUUAUCUCAGAAAUGCUGUACCGAUAUUCCGCAGAUAUUUUUGCAGUAAGGAAACUCCAAAUGGUAUUUCUCAUUUAGACUUUAAAAAACUGAUCGUGCUUUUUCCCCACAACGCCACUAAAAAACCACUGUUUGAAAUAGACAAUAGCUUGAAAAAAAUUGGUGGUUUUUCCCAAGGUGGAUACAACUUCCCUGUUUAUGAAUUUACAUCCCAUGGAAAGCAGUAUAAGUGUGUUAUAGUGUGUGCUGAUGAACCAAUACAAUCUUUGCAACAGAUGUGUUCUCAUGAAGGGGUUAAAUGUAUACAUGAAGAUGAUCUAAGAGAGCAAGUUGACUUGCUGUACCAAACAUUGGAAAAUGAAGUUCUCCAUAGAGAUGAAGAGUGCAGAAAUAAUUGUAUUUUCAUAAGUAUAGAAACAGAAAAUAUGGUGAAUGGAUGGCUUACUGAACAAAUCAUGCAAAAUAUCAGAAAAAUUGAAUCUGAAACUGAGCACACAGCACUGCUGCAUGAGGAGACCAACAAGAACUACUUACUAUCAGAUAAAGAAUCAGGUCAAGACUUUUCAAGAAUCAAUACCCCUCAUAUCUUUGUGACACCUCACACACACAUGACCACUUCAGAGGCUACACGAACUAAAGUUGUCAAGCGUCAUCACCGUCACUUGCCAGAAAGAGUAGUACAAAACAGAGAUAUAUCUCUUUUGCUUGCCAGUCAAAACGUCCUCAGGUCAAAACGUCCCCGGGUCAAAACGUCCCCAGGGCAAAACAUCCCCACGCCAAAACGUCCCCGGGUCAAAAUGUCCCCAAGUCAAAAUGUUCCCAGGAUAAAAAAUGGAUUGAUCACAAACUUGAGGAAACCAGUUUAUAAUGAAUAACUCUUAUAACUCUUAAGAUAUGUAAGAGGAAGAUUCCAUCCCUACUACUUUUGGGAUGAAAGUGAAGAAAGUCAAGGUGAAAGGCACUAUGAAGGUGAUUAUUAGUGGCUCAAUAGUUUUGUGGAGCAAAUCAAAUUUCUGGGAACAUCAGACUUUCCGCGUUUGACAUAAUUAUAA